AUGGAGGAAAAAGAAGAAGAAGCACUUCACGUAGCCAUGUUCCCAUGGCUAGCUAUGGGUCAUCUUCUUCCUUUUCUUCGUUUCUCAAAGCUUCUAGCACAAAAAGGUCACAAAAUCUCCUUCAUUUCAACACCAAGAAACAUAGACAGACUUCCCAAAUUACCACCAAACCUCUCUUCCUCCAUAACCUUCGUCUCUCUCCCUCUCCCUCCUUUCCCCAACUUACCUCCUUCCUCCGAAUCCUCCAUGGACGUGUCUUACAACAACCAACAAUCUCUCAAAUCCGCCUUCGAUCUUCUUCAGCUACCAUUAACGGAAAUUCUCCGAAGCUCUUCACCGGAUUGGAUCAUAUACGACUACCCUUCUCACUGGCUUCCCUCAGUCGCGACGGAGCUCGGAAUCUCCAAAGCUUUCUUUAGCCUCUUCAACGCCGCCGCUCUCUGUUUCAUGGGACCGCCUUCGUCGCUCAUAGAGGAUUUCAGAUCCACGCCGGAAGAUUUCACGGUGGUUCCGCCGUGGAUCCCGUUCGAAUCGGAGAUCGUGUUUCGUUAUCACGAAGUCGCUAGGUACGUCGAGAAAACAGAGGAAGAUGUAACCGGAGUCUCUGAUUCCGUCCGGUUCGGUUACUCGAUCGGUGAGAGCGACGCGGUAUUCGUACGCAGCUCCCCGGAAUUUGAACCGGAGUGGUUUGGUUUACUACGUAAUUUGUAUAAAAAACCGGUCUUUCCAACCGGGUUUCUCCCUCCGGUUAACGAAAACCACGACGGCGAUGAUGAUGAUGCUGCUUGGGUUUGUAUAAAGGAAUGGCUCGAUAAGCAGCGAGUUGACUCAGUGGUAUACGUGUCUUUAGGUACUGAAGCGAGUCUUCCUCAAGAGGAACUCGCUGAGCUAGCUCUUGGAUUGGAGAAAUCGAAAGUGCCGUUCUUUUGGGCUCUAAGGAACGAGUUGACUCGGGUUAAGCCAGAGAUUCCGAACGGGUUCGAGGAACGAGUUAAGGGACGAGGGAUGAUUAUGGUUGGGUGGGUUCCUCAGGUGAAGAUACUGAGUCACGAGUCAGUGGGUGGGUUCUUGACGCAUUGUGGAUGGAACUCGGUGGUGGAAGGGUUGGGUUUUGGAAAAGUUCCGAUCUUUCUUCCGGUGUUGAAUGAGCAAGGACUGAACACGAGGCUGUUGCAUGGGAAUGGGAUUGGUUUUGAGGUGCCAAGAAAUGAGAGAGAUGGAUCGUUUGAUUCUGACUCGGUUGCUGACUCGGUUAGAUUGGCUAUGGGUGAUGAUGAUGAAGGCGAGUCGAGGAGAGCAAAGGCGAAGAUGAUGAAGGGUUUGUUUGGUAACACGGAUAACAAUAUCCGUUAUGUUGAUGAACUUGUAGCUUAUAUGAGAAGUAGCAAAAAUUCAUCAUCUCAUUAA